GAGCUGAGCCGGGCUGUGUUGUGGCGGGCGCCGUGCGCCCAUGCUUCGUUCCAUACUGCUGCCCCGCGCCCUACGCCGCCUCCGCGGCUGGCCGGGCGGCGGGCCCCUCCUCCGGGCCGCCCCGGGGCUGCUGCUGGGCCAGGGCCGGCCACCGGGUGUUCGGGGACUGUGCUGGGGUGAACUUUACCGGCAUUUCACUACAGAAGCCUCUCAAGCCACCUUGGCCAGCGUAUCUCCUGUGUUUGCAGUGAUGAAGCUUGACAAGGAGGGGAAUGCUACCUUUUUUGAGAAAAAGAAAACAGAAUUGUACCAGGAACUGGGUCUUCAAGCUCGAGAUCUGAGAUUUCAGCACCUUAUGAGCAUUGCAACUAGGAACAACAGGAUCAUCAUGAGAAUGGAGUUCUUGAAGGCUGUCAUAACACCGGAGUUUCUUCUGAUAUUAGAUUAUCGUAAUUUAAAUCUGGAACAUUGGCUCUUCACUGAACUGACAUCUCAGCUGUCUGGGGAAGGUCAACUAGUUACAUAUUCCCUGCCCUUUGAAUUCCGAGCCAUAGAAGCAAUACUGCAGUACCGGAUCAGCAGACUGCAAGGGAGACUUAAUACUUUGCAGCCUCAGAUCCUUGAGACACUGGAAGCUCUAGUGGAUCCCAAGCUUUUGUCUGUGGAUAGGAGUAAACUCCACAUUCUCCUGCAAAAUGGCAAGAGCUUAUCAGAACUGGAAACUGACCUUAAGGUUUUCAAAGAAACAAUUCUGGAGAUCUUAGAUGAAGAAGAAUUAAUAGAAGAGCUCUGUCUGUCUAAAUGGACUGAUCCGCAAGUAUUUGAGGAGAGCAUGUCUGGGAUUGACCACGCAGAAGAAAUGGAGCUGCUGCUGGAGAACUACUACAGACAGGCAGAAGAUCUUGCGAAUGAAGCUCGUGAGCUCAGAGUAUUGAUUGAUGAUUCAGAAAGUAUAAUAUUUAUCAACCUGGACAGCCAUCGUAAUGUGAUGAUGAGACUGAAUUUGCAGCUGACUAUGGGGACUUUCUCUCUUUCACUCUUUGGACUCAUAGGAGUUGCAUUUGGUAUGAACUUGGAAUCAUCUCUUGAAGAGGACCCCAGGAUCUUUUGGCUGGUAACUGGGAUUAUGUUUCUGGGAAGUGGCCUGAUAUGGCGGCGUUUGCUUUCCUUCCUUGGUCGGCACCUGGAACCUUCAUUACCUCCUCAUGUUCCUGCAGUUCUGAAGAAAUCCCAACCAGCAGCUCAAAGAGUGGAGAUAAAGAGCAGCCUUAAAACAGAAACGUUUGGACUGAGCAGAAGCACACUGGCAAACCAAUAGGAAGAGCAGGAAUGAAGAGAUAAUUACUGUUACAGGGUGAAGUUUGGACACUUUCAUUUUUUUCCCCUCUUCCUUUCUGAAAAUAUUAAGAAUUUAUAAACUUGCUAAUUUAAUACACAUUUUAUGCCAAAAACUGGGGUGAUAUUUUAAUGCUCACACACAAAAGGAGGGGAACUGAAGGGAGAACAGUGACAUGCUUUCCACAGUAGCCUUGCCUCCACCUGAUCUACGUUCAAUUGGAUUUAUGUGUCUCAUGCACAUACUUGUUACAAGUUUCUUUCCAACAUUUCUUCAUGUAACGGGUUUUCUUAAAGAGCAGCAUCCUCGGCUUAAGGAUGACAGCAGUCAGCAUUCAUCAGUAAUGGUUCUCUGAUUCUGAGCUGCAGGUUUAGGAAUCUGCCUUCAACUACCAAAGAAAAACCUACCCCUAACGUGUCCUCCUUAUUUAUUUUUAAAGCUCUGCUAAAUGAAGAUAAGACUUACUGGUGGCAUUACUUAACAAUUUAAGUUCAAACUAUAUGCACACUUAAUAACUUGAAAAGCAGGUCUAUUAAUAAUGUGGACUGUAGUUGUUACCUGCUGCUAUUUCAGUAUGCAUUGACAUAGCCUGUGUCCUGUGCUGGACUGAAACAGUAAAAUCCUUACUGUCACAUGUUCUUUCUUAGGGUUCAUCUUCGAGUCCUCUGAGGGCAUGGCUCUCUACUGGCUUGUUUCAGUCUGUAGAGGAAUUAAAAAUAUCUUUCCAAAUCAGGUUGCUAACUGUCUGGGUUUUUGUUUAUGCUUUUUUAACCUCAGUAACGCACAGUGUUACAUCAGCUCCCCAGGUGCCACCAGAUUAAUUGGUGUACUUGCAGGAGCUGGUAAGACAGCUGUAGCUGAGAUCAGUCUGACUCAAAAGUAAUGAGUCUAUAAUGGAAAGGGUAUGUAAGUCAGCAUUAUGCAAGCCUGUGAUUUUAGUUAUGUUUAAAUUGUACUUAAUACUAUUUAAGUAUUAUUAAGAGUUCUUUGUGUGUGACUUCAACUACAUGUAUAAAAAGCAUAAGAAAGUGAGAAAAAUUACUGGUCCUUAUAAUGCUUUUAAGGUUUGGGGUGAUUAUUUUUGCAGCAGGUAGAGAUGCAAGAAGAAAAAACCCACAGCUCCUAAACUUAGUUUAUUUUAUUUUAGUAGAAAUCUAGUUGUUUUAUUUUUUUCUAGCAGAAAAAACAGUGGCUCUGAUACCGUCACCGAUAAAUGCUGAGAAAGUGCAGCAGGCAAUGGGAUAUGGAUGCAGACAGUUCUGACAGAGUAAUAAGUUGUAUUAAACCAGAACUGAAAUGCA